AUGUUCGUUGUGUGGGAAGUGUUUCUCCCAAAAAAAAACAAACUGACUUUACAUGAGAAGUCUCACACGGGGGAAAAGCCCUAUUCGUGUUCGAUGUGCGGGAAAUGUUUCACCCGAAGAAAUAAACUUGUAUUACAUGAGAAAACUCACAUUGGUGAGAAGACCUGUUCCUGUUCCGAAUGCGGGGAAUGUUUCUCCCAAAGAAGCAAACUGAUUUUGCACGAGAGAAUUCACACGGGGGAGAGGCCCUACUCGUGUUCGGAAUGCGGGAAAUAUUUUAGCCACAAAGCCAGCCUUUUUGUGCAUAAGAGGACUCACACGGGGGAGAAGCCCUAUUCCUGUUCCUUGUGCGGGAAGUGUUUUUCCCAAAGAAACAAACUUAUUUUGCACGAGAGGACGCACACGGGGGAAAAGUCGUAUUCAUGUUCGACGUGCGGGAAGUGUUUCUCCCGAAGAAGUAAACUUGCAUUACACGAGAAAACGCACGAAGGGGAGAAGCCCCAUUCAUGUUCCGAAUGCGGGAAAUGUUUCUCCCAAAGAAGCAAACUGAUUUUACACGAGAGAUCUCACGCGGGGUUAAAGCCGUAUACGUGUUCAGAUUGCGGGAAAUGUUUCUCUCGGAAUUCAGCCCUUACCGAUCACAAACGGAUUCACACGGGGGAAAAGCCAUAUUCAUGUUCGGAGUGCGGGAGGUGUUUUGCUCGGAAGGACAACCUCAUCUCACAUCAGAGAAUACACACCGGCGUGAAGCCGUUUUCAUGCUCCGAAUGUGGCAGAUGUUUUGGCCAUAAAGCCAGUCUUUUUAUGCACAAGAGGACUCACACCGGAGAGAAACCCUAUUCGUGCUCAGAGUGCGGGAAGUGUUUCACACGGAGGGCCUAUGUUAUUGUACAUCAGAGAACUCAUAUCGCAAAUAGCCACACAUCAAAUAAGUCGCAGUGA